AUGAAGUUCCUCAAGGUCGGCCGAGUCGCCAUCAUCACCCGCGGCAGAUACGCCGGAAAGAAGGUUGUCAUCAUCCAGCCCGUUGACAACGGCAACAAGCCUCACCCUUUCGGCCACGCCCUGGUUGCCGGCAUUGAGCGAUACCCCUCCAAGAUCACCCGCCGCAUGUCCAAGACCCGCCAGGAGAAGCGAAACAAGAUCAAGCCCUUCAUCAAGGUCAUCAACUACAACCACUUGAUGCCCACUCGCUACACUCUCGAGCUCGAGGGUCUCAAGGGUGCCGUCUCCAACGAUACCUUCAAGGAGGUUUCUCAGCGCGAGGACGCCAAGAAGACUGUCAAGAAGGUUCUCGAGGAGCGAUACACCAGCGGCAAGAACCGAUGGUUCUUCACCCCUCUCAAGUUUUAA